AGACCAUCCACCGUUGAUUCUUCUACGUUAGAGUUUGUUGAAACUGCCAUCUGGGACCAGCGUUUUAGUGACUAUAGGACACCAUGAAGACUUUUCCCGCCAUUGUGCUGACGGCCAUGACGUUCCUGUGUUUCUAUGGCAACGCCAGUGCGCUAGUAAACACCACACGUGUGGUCAUCUGUACAGGCGUGACAUGCGCACUGCCGACUUCAGCCGGCUGUUACAGACAGUACCUGUUCAACAGCACUCUGUUCGACAGUCAGGGUGACAUACCGACUAACAACACUGCGGAACUCACAUCUGAGAAGGUUCACGUCUGUAGUUCUCACCCGUGGAGAGCGACCUCUGGUGUACCCAAAACCAGGAACAGUAUUGGGAAGAUCGGCUGGAUCAUUGCUGGGGCGGUGGUCGGUGCAGUUAUUAUCGUCGCUUGCGGUUGUAUCUUCUGUUCGAAGAAGAAAAAAUAA